AUGGCCUCAAACGCACACAACCUCUUCAACGCGCCGCCCGGUGCCGUGGCCAGGGUUCGCAUCAUCGACUGCACCUCGAGGAUCAUCAGGCUACCGGUCAGCUUUUUGAUGCAACCACCUCUACACGGCAUGCAGUACAUGCCCGAUAUCCCUACGUGGUCCUUUCUCAUUGAGAGCCCAACGGGCAAGAGGGCCUUGUUCGAUCUGGGGGUGCCACCUAACUUUCUCGACCUUUCGCCCGUCAAUCAGUCCCAGCUGAGAAAUCCGGCCUGGGAGAUUCAUUCCGAGAAACAUGUGGCGGACAUUCUUAAGGAAAGCCAAAUUGACCCUGCUUCGAUCAAUUCCAUCAUUUGGAGUCACUGGCAUUUCGACCAUAUUGGAGAUCCCUCGACCUUUCCCGGCACAACGGAGCUGGUUGUCGGUCCUGGGUUCAAGGAGAAGUUCUAUCCCGGGUACCCGGCUAUCAAAGAUGCUCCUGUACGGGAAAGUGAUUUUGCGGGCCGGAAGACUAGAGAAAUCACCUUCGAUGACGGUCCUCGGCUUCAGAUCGGUCAGUUCAGGGCCUUGGACUUUUUCGGGGACGGGUCCUUCUAUGUUCUCGAUGCUCCAGGUCACACGGUCGGACACCUUGCCGGGCUGGUGCGGACGACCUCGAAUCCAGAUACCUUUAUCUUCUGCGGCGGCGACCUCUGUCACAACGGGGGCGAGAUCCGUCCGUCCAAGCACAUUCGUUUACCCAAGGAGAUCCACAUCGAGCUUCCGGAUCAAGUGGCGCCGUGGCUCUGCCCUGGUUCGGAGCUCGAGCGACUCAACCAAAAUCGCUCCCGCGCAGCAGACGACCCCUUCUUCAUCCCGAACCCGGACUUUUGUUUCGAUGCGGAAGAGACUAUGAAAACGAUCCUCAAGGCGCAGGAUGCCGACGCAGACGACAACGUCCUGUUCAUCUAUGCCCAUUCCAAGGCAGUCGAGUACUAUGCGGACCUCUUCCCGCUCAAGGCCAAUGAUUGGAAGAUGAAGGGUUGGAAGGGCAAGAUGUUUUGGGACUUUGUUCGAGAUUUCAAGUCGACGCUCGAUGUGCACAAGGCUCUCGCAUCGGCAUGACAAUUGUCCCUUGCUCGUGAGGGGGCUCUGCAGAUCGUAUAGAGAUAGUGGUUGGGUUAGAGUAUAUUGGUCGUUUACGCCGUGACUUGGAACGGCUUUUGGGUCUACUGGCGGAGUUCAAU